CUUGAAUGGCUGCAGUCAGCUCAGGAUGAGCCUGCACGGGCUGCAGACUGCAGUACCACGCUUGACACGCUUGUGAACAUCAGUGAAGCCGGCUGAAGCUCGCACAUGGAUUUGUAAUGUGAGUCAGAGGCAGAGGGCGCACGAAGUGCCACCGUUGUAUUGUACGCCUGCUUGAGCUACAUUAUCACAAACAAGCAUAUGUUGCCGCUGUAGUUAGGCGCAGAAGUGGCUAGGUACAGCAUCGAUUUACCAGCCGCUGGGGCUGACAUUGAAUUUCGAAGGGGGAUUGCACUUAUCACCGAGCAAUUCGACAGACGUCCGCCCACCUUCCUCACCAAGCAGACAGUAACGAUGGGCACAGUAGAGUUGGGCGGUAAGCCCCAUCCGGAAGCAAACUCCCCGCAGGUAGACCUGGAAGGGAAUCCGAACCUCGGCCCGCCGAUUCCGCAGCGGUCCGUUGUCCUCGUGCUCGACUUCGGGUCUCAGUACACCCAGCUCAUCGCGAGAAGGGUGCGCGAGCUGGGUGUGUACUCGGUCAGUCUCUCGGGAGAUUCCGAGCAGGGGAAGAUCGAAGCGGUCCACCCGACGGUCAUCAUUCUUUCCGGGGGACCAAACUCGGUGCACGAGGCCACGUCUCCCACCCUGCCUCGGAGCUUCUUCGCAUGGACGGCAGAGAAGCGGAUUCCUGUUCUGGGGGUCUGCUACGGAAUGCAGCUCAUAGUGCAGGUGUUGGGGGGUGAGGUGAAGCAGGCGGCGGAGCAGGAGUACGGGCGCAUGCCCAUUCGGCCGGUGAAGGGCUCGCACCUUUAUGGCACUGACGUUGUAGACGAAGAGGUGGUUUGGAUGAGCCAUGGAGAUGAGGCGGUGCGGUUGCCGGAGGGCUUUGAGGUGAUUGCGAAGAGCAGUGGGGGAACGAUCGUAGGGAUUGAGGCGCCAAAGAGGCACCUGUAUGGGCUGCAGUACCACCCAGAGGUGACGCACAGUGAACGGGGCCUUGCAACGCUGCGCCGGUUCGUGUUUGACAUCGGCGACUGCACGGCAGACUGGAAGAUGCAGGAUGUCAUGGAGGAAGAGAUCAAGGCGAUCCAUGCAGCUGUGGGGCCAGACGACCAUGCGAUCUGCGCGCUUUCCGGGGGGGUGGACUCGACGGUCGCGGCGACGCUGGUGCACCGGGCGUUGGGGGACAGGCUGCACUGCUGCUUUGUGGACAAUGGGCUGCUCAGGUACAAGGAGCAAGAGCGGGUGAUGGCGACGUUUGAGAAGGACCUGCACCUGCCGGUGACGUGCGUGGACGCCUCGGAGCGCUUCCUGAGCAAGCUCGCCGGCGUGACCGACCCCGAGAAGAAGCGCAAGAUCAUCGGGGGCGAGUUCAUCGCAGUAUUUGACGAGUUUGCGCUUGAGAUCCAGAAGAAGUACGGCAAGCUGCCCAGCAUCCUGGUCCAGGGCACGCUCUACCCCGACGUCAUCGAGUCGUGCCCUCCCCCCGGCAGCGACAAGAAGCACAGCCACACAAUCAAGAGCCACCACAACGUUGGUGGGCUGCCCAAAGACCUCAAGUUCAAGCUGGUGGAGCCCCUUAAAUGGUUGUUCAAAGACGAGGUCCGCGCCAUGGGGAAGCUGCUGGACGUGCCCGUCGGGUUCCUGCGGCGGCACCCGUUCCCGGGGCCGGGCCUUGCGGUGCGCGUGCUCGGGGACGUGACGGCGGGGGACGCGCUGCAGGUGCUCCGGGAGGUGGACGAGGUGUUCAUCAACGCCAUCCGCGACGCGGGCCUGUACGACCAGAUCUGGCAGGCGUUUGCGGUGUUUCUCCCGAUCCGGAGCGUCGGCGUGCAGGGCGACAAGCGCACGCACACGCACGUGGUCGCGCUGCGGGCCAUCACCAGCCAGGACGGCAUGACGGCGGACUGGUUCCAGUUCGAGCCCAAGUUCCUGGCGUCCGUCUCCGCCAAGAUCUGCAACACCGUCGCUUCCGUCAACCGGGUCGUGUACGACAUUACGUCAAAACCGCCCGCAACGGUCGAAUGGGAGUGAGGCAGAGAGGAGAAGCGCUUGUUCACGAUGGUGGAAAAGAUCGGUUGAAAGAUGCAAUAGGUUCUUAAGAAGUCGUCGACAGGCGAUGGAACCGGCUGGCGCCGCAGGUAUAGAAGAUUAUGUUCCAGAGUCUGAGCGGGGGAGUAGUACCAGUGUGUACAUAAAGGUAUGUUGGAUUGGCCUGGUAGAGCAGGUGUUGAGAGUUGUUGCAGAACGAGUCUGUUUCCUUCGCUGAUCUCAAGUCUUGCUGUCGAAAGCUUUGCUGAGAGCAAACGAAAGCUUCCGAUUUGCAGGCGUCUGAUUCCACGCAUGUACACAAGCAUGUACAUGCUCAUCCUGCUUGCAUAUGGCUCAUUAUAUCACUAACGAUCGACUAACGCUCUAUCACUCAGAGUCAGAUACAAGUAAAUAAAAUAAGAUAGUACCUGGACUAUCAGCUCAAAAAGAGAUGCGAGUGCCACUGCAUAGAUCCGGCCCAGUAUUACCGCAGGCUCCUGAAGAGAAAGAGAUGGUACAUGUACUAGCUAUUGAAGAAAUAAUG